UGCUCAAUUUUGAAAGCCAGCCGACGGACAAAAACGGGGAACAUUUGCUCUGGAUACUUCAGGGCGUUCUUUUUCACCUGUACUUCUAAAUGGAUGAUACACUUUAAAAGGGAAAUGUGAGAUAUUUUAACUUGAGUUUCAAUUCCGAAAGCCGGAAUUGGAAAUGUUGCUUAAGUAUCCAAGUAGGCAUGCCACUACGGUUCUACCUGUGCCUGGUCACUGUGUGCAUACGUUGUCACAGGUGACAGAACCAGGGUUGGACGGGCUGAGACACCUUGACGUUUCCGGGACAAGUUCCAGGUGUGACAACUCCAGAGUCUAAACCAGUCAUGUAGGCUAGUUUUACAUUUUACUGACUGUAAACCAUUAAAUGUAAUCAGGAACAUGUCAUUUGCGGACCCAAACGCACCCGAAAGCGACGGCGGUCAGUCACCAGAGACCAGUAUUUGUGGUUUGCGGCACGUCAUGUAUUCUCUCCCCGAGUCUGGACUGGAGACUUCAUCUCUGGGUUCACAGGGGACCUGUGAUGUCUCCCGCAAGCUCCUGUGGACGGUCGCGAGACUUCGGAGAGUGGCCGAUAACAUUAAACAACUGAGACAACUUUUCUUGCGUUGUCACGAGUCAGACCUUCGUGGUCCACCCCAGAUGCAAGUGAACGAUGGACUCCAGGGCCUGUGGGACUCCCUCCAGCCUCUAAUUGAAUGUUACCCAUCCUUAAACUACCCGCCACUCUGCCAUGCUUUCUCUGCCCUGCGACUCUCUCUGCAAGACGUUAGGGUCCCAACCAAGUCAGAGACCAAGCGCUACAGCGAGAUUUUCCGUGACUUUGACAACCUCGAACUGUCCCUUUGUCAAGCUACUGUGGAUGAGCUGCUACCAGACCCCGACUGCCACUCCCUCACCAUCUCUACGGAAACCUCAGAGAAUGCAGAGCUGGACGAGAUAACGUCUGAGGAUGGAUACAGUGCAGAGCUCCGCUCUGAGGGGGACGAGAAGGAUGGCGUGCUCUCAGCCCAGGAUGCUGACCUGGCCCUGUGUCGCUGCGAGGGGGGUGUGGAGGUCGCCCUACAGUACGCCAAAAUGUGGUGCAAAUACGCCAAAGACCUGCUCACCUGGAUGGACAAGAGGCUUAGUUUGGAACAAGAGUUUGCCAAGAACAUCAUGAAAGCUGCGGAAACAGCCCGGUCCUCUGUCGCACAGCAGGACAUGAUGCCACUGCAGUACAUCUACACCAUGGCUCUGGAACAUGAUGUGAAGACCUGCACCAGCAGCAGGCAGACCGGGGAGCUUCUGCAGCAGCGGUGCUUCCAGGGUCUGGCAGCCAAGAGGAAUGAGAUCGAUAAGUGGCGCAAGGAGUUCAAGGAACAGUGGAAUAAAGAGCAGAGGAAGAUGGGCGAGACGCUGGUGGCUCUGAAGAAGGCCCGGCAGCAGUACAUGCAGCGCUCUGAGGACCUGGAGAAGGCCAAGGCAGGGGAGGAGGCCAUGGGAGGGCAGAGGACCCUGGACAAGAGGAGGAAGUCAAAGGACGAGGCGCAGGCCAAGGUGAAGGAAGCAGAACUCCUGUACAGACAGUGCAUCAAUGAUGCCACUUCACACCAAGACGAGCUGGAGAAGAUGAAAGAGCUGAUCAUCUCCCACCUUCGCAAACUCAUCUGUGCAGGGGACAUGGUGCUAAAGGAGAUCACAGUGAACAUGUUCUACUACCAGCGGCUGCAGACGGAGGCAGUUCCCCAGGGCUACCACAACCUGGAGCUGACCUGCCGGCCCUGUGAGCCAGGGGAGCCAUACCUGCUCUACGUGCGCCAGUGCCGCCGUCGCCAUCAGCCCCUGCGCACAUUCAUCUUCGAGGAGUUCAGCCCCCAGAGCAAGAGGUCGCCUCCAUAUCGGCGCAAGACCAGCAAUCCCCUGGUCUCCGGGCAGGACUCGUUCUUGGUGGAGGAGUCGCCGGCUAGACGCGCCAUCAACUCCAGCGAGAACAGGAGAACAGGGUACAGUGACAGUGAGAGCAUCGGGGGAAGCCUGGAGUCUCUGUCCAGCCCAGCCCACGGGAAUCGCAAGCUCCCCAAAGCCCCUUCUUCAGGCACCAUGUCAUCGGACGAUCUGGAUGAGAAGGACCCAGGAACUCCCUCUGAGAUGGAACCUGCGGAGCUGUGCAAAAUACGCACACAGUCCCGAGCUGCCCGCACUCACAGGCUUCGGAAGAUGAAGAGCAAGAUGGUAAAGUGCCGGCAGUGUGACAACUUCAUCCUGGUCAACGGCAUCGAGUGCGAGGAGUGCGGGCUGGCCAUACACAGGAAGUGCCUGGAGGUGUGCCAGCUGGAGUGCGAGCACAGGAAGGGGGCACUGUUUGGGGUGGAGUUCUCCCUGUUCCCACGGCAACACCCGGACGAGGUGCCCUUCCUGGUGGAGCACUGCACAGCUGAGAUUGAGAACAGGGCCCUGACCGUGCAGGGAGUGUACCGGGUGAGUGGCUCAAAGCCUCGGAUCCAGAAGCUCUGCCAGGCCUUCGAGAUUCAGGGAGACCAGGUCGACCUCUCAGACCUCUCACCGCAUGACGUCACCUCUGUGCUCAAGCACUUCUUCAAGGAGCUUCCGGAACCAUUGCUGACCUUUGAUCUGUACCAUGACUUCAUCACGGUUGGCAAGAAUAUUCAGCAGCUGGCGGAGAAGGGACCCAGUGCUCAAACUUCUGGGAUAGUGGAGGACAUCACACUCAGCUUGAGAGAACUUCUGAGAAGACUGCCCCCAUACAACUACAGCACACUGCAUCAUAUGGCCAUACACCUGCACAGGGUGUCAGAGCACUUUGAGGAGAACAAGAUGUCCGUGGGGAACCUGGGCAUCGUGUUCGGCCCCACUCUCCUGCGCCCCCUGGUGUCGGGGGACAUGAGCAUGAGUGCCCUGCUGGAGACCAGCUACCAGGCCCUGCUGGUGGAGUUCCUCGUCACGCACCACGGUGCCAUCUUCGGCCCCCCGCCGCGGCCCAGUACCCCGCCUCCUCCCGCCCCGACUGCACCCCUGCCCGCCACCCCCCCGAGGCUGGCCGGCGCCCCCGUGGCCGAGAGCCCCGACACGCCCUCCCGCGACCGGCCACGCUCCCUGGAGAAUCGCACCAUCAAGAGAGACUCAAGCGAGGGCUAUAUAUCGGACAAGUCUUCGUCCAAUGAGGCGGUGGACCGACUCAGCCCCGAGGUCAAUGAGAGAGCAGUCCUGGCUGUGAGGGGGACCAUGGCCUCUCACCCAAGUGACCCUCAUGGUGGCCCGGACGUCUCCCUGGGGCCUCAGCCGAGAGGCCACUUCAGCCGGACCCCCGUCAAAUACCAGCAGCAUCACAUUCCGGCUGCACUCCUGCGGGCGGCGGGGCCACAGGGGGGUUAUUUGGGCAGGGAUGAGAGGCAGGAAGGUGUGGAGGUGGGGGAGAUUGCACGACUGGGGAGUGCAGACAGCAGCUGCAGUUCCUCCCCGGAAUUGGGGGGCCAAAGACAGCCCCACAGCCCCAUAGAGAGCACCUCGAAAACUACGAUCCUCCUAAGCAAGGCUGGACAUGCCCCCAAAGACCCGUCGACCAGUCAGAACAUCCCCACUGCGGCCAAGCAGGAGGUGGCUCCAGCUUUGGUGGCCAGUCAGACAUUUGCCCUUCACGAGGAGGAAGUGGAGCCUGAGGGUAGGCUGGACUCAAUGGCCGAGCUGAACAGCAACCAGUCCAAUAACAGGUUCGGGGGCAGGCCGCAGGGCUUUAGUCAGUCACUGAGGAGACCACUGGGGGAGCAGAGGAGUGCCCAAAAGAUCCUGUCCGGCCUCAAACUGCGGCGCAGUGACUCAGGAAAAGGAGAGCAGAUCCACUUUGUAUGAGGCAUGGACCUGAGGCACACACACACAUGCACACCCACCCCCAUACGCACAUGCACACCCAGCCACACACAUACACACACACACACACACACACGUGUGUGCACCUGGCCAAAGCCUCGUUAGAAAUGCACUGGCCUCUUAAAGGAUUGAGGACUGGGGCCUCAAGUACUCAUACUCAGGUAGUCAUUUUGCUGAACAUAUCAGAGGAGGAUGGUUUUGGGGUGAGAUUGUGGUUGGGGCCCUGCCAUCUAUUUGAUGAUGGACAACAUAGAUACCCAAUCAUAAUGGGUUCCCUCCAUGACCAUUAUUAUGCUAAAAGUAUUUCCCUGACAAUCAGCGCUCUUCCUGCGCAGUGUGUGAGACCAGGUCACACACUUUUUUCCUCUUUUAAUGAUGCACUUAGAAGCUUAUGAUGCACACGUUUAAGUAUGAAAUGAUUUUCCUAAAUGUAAUUUUGUGUACUUUUUAGAUAUGCCGUAAGCUUUCCAUAAACAUGCUGUAAAAUUAGCUCUAAAAUAGAGUAUUGUGUCAUGGCUCCUAGAAGCACUCUACAUACUGUUUUCCCCCCUGAACAGUCUGGAGAUUCAAGUUGCACCUGUAAAGGUUAAUUAUGACUUCAGCCAUGUGACUGUGGCACUUUGAAAUGGACUAGGCAUUGUGAUUAACAUGACGGGGUGAUUGGUUGUUGAGACUAGACUAUAUGCAAAGUGAUCCAUGGUGCUAGCAUCCAGGGCCAAAACCUUUCAUGCAAUUGCUGUCCAUGUUCUCUUUGUUACAAAUAACAUGGCUCGACCUGGAGGGUAACACAGUUGAAGCUGGAGAAGAUUUAAUAUGCAUCACUCUUUGAACAUGCACUGGAAACCACACCCUCCUGAUAAUCAUCUUUAAUGUGAUUUACAGGCAGUCGGGAGACAUUCACUUCAACCAUAGGACAUUUUUCUUGCGGGCAUUCAGAUGUGUGUCCAUACCUGCCUUCAGCAUAUUAAAGUUUACCGUUAAGGAGCAAGACAAAAA